ACAUCACCAAAUUUUGAGCCUUUUCCUUUUUCCAAACUCACCCACUUUCAUUCUCUCUCUUUUUCCUUGUUGGGUUCCCCACAAAGGACACUAGCUUCUCUAAUCUGGCCAGCUUUCAUUUCUGCCACAAACAAACAAUGUGUGGGCAUUCAGGCACUCACACUCCUCCUCCACUUCCCAUUUGAAUUUUGAAAAAAAAUGGCCGCUUUGCAUUUUGGUGGCUGCAUUUGCUUCACUCUAUGAUGAGCCUCAUUCUGCAACCAGCAUGAAAUCAGGACCAAAGGAUGGUUGGCAAUCUAUCAUGCCUCUUUGUUUGAGAGGAAAAUCAGCUUCACGUUUUUGCAUGUUUCGAAAUGUGAAGACAGCAGACUACAGUCCAGGAAAUGUACCUGUCUAUCUAAAUGUUUAUGACUUGACACCUGCAAAUGGCUAUGUUUAUUGGGCAGGUGUUGGCAUCUUUCACUCUGGAGUUGAAGUCUACGGUGUAGAAUAUGCCUUUGGAGCCCACGAGUACUCAUCAAGUGGUGUCUUUGAGGUUGAACCUCGACAGUGCCCUGGCUUCAAGUUUAGAAGGUCAAUUUUCAUCGGCACAACAUGCUUGGAUCCUUUCCAGGUUAGAGAGUUCAUGGAGCGUGAAUCUGCAAAUUACAAUGGUGACACAUAUCACUUGAUAAUUAAGAACUGCAACCAUUUCUGUCACAAUAUAUGUUAUAAGCUGACUGGAAAAUCAACACCAAAAUGGGUCAACCGCCUCGCAAAAAUAGGUUCAAUGUGCAACUGUAUACUCCCAGAUGCCCUUAAGUCGACCACUGUUCCACAUGACCCCAAUUUCCAAGAAUAUGAAAGUGAAAAAAAGAGGCUAAGAAGUGCCUUCACUUGCUUGUCAUCAAUCUCAAUGCCUCAGAAGGAAGUAUCAAUGUCAUCAUUAUUUCUACAUUCUCACUAUAAAGGCUGCUUACCACCGUGGGAGUUUAGAAGGUCUAGAAAUGGCUCAUUGAAGAAAGGUUGAGAAACAACAUCCUUCAACAGCCUCUUCAGUUAAAGAAUACCGACUGGCUGCUGAGGAUUCUUGCAUCAUGAGUCCCUCGGGGAAAAAUAUUUUGUUUUGAGAUUGCUGCGCCUGCGUAAAUCCACCAAGUUCGUAUUCUUUCGCUGUAACCAGUUUGUGUA